UAGUUGAUGCUUCAGUGGAAGCAUAUUCGUAUAUGUAGUGUAUACCAUUGAAGAUCAUCAAGUGCACAUCUCCAUCCAUUUUUCCCUCCACCAGCCCAUCCUCUCAUCCCAUUAUUACUCGCUCGCCGUCCUCCUUGCUGUGCAGAAAGUGUUCUUUCGAAGAGCUGCUGGUAUCUGACCAGGAGGACUGCGCCCAUAGCCUCAUAGGUGCAGAAUGGAAAGAUGAUAUAUAGUGGAUGAGUGCCUGAAGAAGAAGAGAAAUACUGUCCAGCAGAUAAUGGCUAUGCAGCGGAAUGGGAUCAAGCUGCACUCUGCAAGUCAUGUAGACUGGCGCUGUUGUGACUGCUUGCGAUUUCUGAAAUUCCCAGCCAGUUUUCCGAUCCAGAGGAUCAAGCAGCUGGUCUAGUUCACAAUUAUGCCACCAGAGACGCUUGAAAUUGGCAGUAGCCAACAGGAACGCAGCACCCGAUCACAUUGCAGAUAUAAGGCUCAGCACUGCAGCCUCAGUUUCAGUCAUUCAGGCAGCAUGAAGCGAUAUCUGAGAUCGUCCAGUGUUGUCCAGCUGCAACAGCACCAGUAUAGGAAGAAACCGCAGAAGAUGGAUGCAGCAGCCUGUAGUCUGUUUGGAUAUGCAACAGUGACCUGUACCAGCCUGUCGGGACCUGCAGUGGUGGCACCAUCUGGCGUCUCGGGGCUACCAGCAGGAGCAGCAGCAGCAGCACUCUGGGAUCCUGUUGCGCACCUGGUCAGCUUGCUGGAGCAGGAUAAUGAGCUUUUAAUAUCGGCUGAAGACACUCAGCCAGUCCCUGACACGUAGAAGUGCACUUGGGGACCUAACCAGCAUGAUGCAGGUCAACAUUGAACCCCACCAUACACGUCAUAGCAGAAUAUUCCAGUGAUACUGGAUAGACAAAGCGUGGAUGUAGUGGAUGAGGAGAUACUACCCCUUGUGUACCACUACCGUUCGCUUCAAUGUAUACAUUAACCGCUA